GCUGUGAUAAAAACGAGCCUCUGCGUUGGACCAGUUGACAGCCUGAGUUGGCGCUCUGUAGGCUUUCGUGUGUUGUGCAAAGCGCGCUCGCGGCGCGGCAGCACGGGGACGCGCGCGGUUAUAUCCUGUGACUGGAAGCAUCCCGACUUCAUUCACCCCGGAGUUCCCAGCAGUCCUGUGAUCUGACAGCAAACUCCUCGUGCCUGCGCCGUUUUUGCUCUUGUUUCGUCGACUCCUCGUGCUCGGAACAGGUUCGGUUAUCGCAGGACAUUUCAGUUUUAAAGCUUGAACCACUUUCUGAGAUUUGCCCAUGAAACGUGCCAAGAUGCUCAGCCGCUGCAGGACGCACAAAUGUGUGGUUACGAACGGAUUAUACUGAGGACAAGAUGAUGGAUAUUGUUGGACGUGUGAAUGUAGAAGAAAGAUUUUCAUGAUUCAUUUGAACGACUGUUCUUCUGAAAACGAACAGCUGCAGGGCACCAACUUGACCUCAGUUAUUUUUGAUUUUUUUUUUUUUUUUUGAUGCUGCAUGCCACUGGACAGACGUUUGAACGGCCUUAAACGUGCUUUGGGCUCACUUUUAUAUUAUUCUGGAAUUCUCACCUACAGUGACCAGCUUGGCUCUGUACUUUCACCGCCUUUCAUUCAAGAGUCCAAGAAUCAGCUUCACAUUCAGUCGCUCUUUCACUGAGGUCGUGGUUGUGGACAGUCCUCCCGAGGGAUGUUUCUGGGCUCCCGCGAGCAGGGAGCGACAGCCCGGCUCCUGCAGUGGACCUUCGCCUCGUCCUGGUGCCUAUGCAGCGGAUCUGAGAGGAGAUGAGAGCCGCGGUGUACCACCUCCUCGCCGGCUACCUCUGCCUGUUACGCACCGCUGCUGAGGAGUCUCCUCUCCCCCGUGAGCUGUUGGAGCGCCUCUCCCGCAGCGAGAUCCGCAGCAUCAGCGACCUCCAGCGGCUGCUAGAGAUAGACUCCGUAGAGAACGAGGUGCUCGGGGAGACCAAACAAAGCUAUCACAAGGACUUCUCUCACAGUUUUCUCGACCUGAAGAGAACACACACACUCACCAGGCACAGGAGGAGCACCGUGGUGGAGGAGGCCUUGCCGGCGGUGUGUAAGGUGCGGACGGCGAUCUACGAGAUCCCCAGGAGCCAGGUGGAUCCCACCUCAGCCAACUUCAUCAUCUGGCCGCCCUGCGUCGAGGUGAAACGCUGCACCGGCUGCUGCAACACCAGCAACAUGAGAUGCCAGGCGGCUCGCAAGCACCACCGCACGGUCAAGGUGGCAAAGGUGGAGUACGUGCGGAGGCGUCCCAAGCUGAGGGAGGUGCACGUGAGGCUGGAGGAUCACCUGGAGUGCAUGUGCACUAACAAACACCACAUCAGCCCAAAAUCAGAUGCAGACAAUGGCAUCAGGUGAAGAGAGCCGGGCAGAUGGAGGAGUGGAGGACACCUUCAGCCUCGAACGCCUCCACCGUCCCCUGCCAUCAAGUGACCGCGAGAGGUUUGAUGGCGUGUAUUUUGACCAGCAGAGGCCUGACGGACGACACCUGACUCACGUGGACCUCGGCUGUACUUUGAAAGAUUUGCGAAAGAAAACCUGCCACACACACAGAAACGAAUAAGAAACAGGCUGACGGUUUCCUCGACGGAGAAGAGAAGCCAUUAGGUGAUGAACAUUCAGAACGUUGAACGCAAAGUGAGGUGGAUUGUGGGAUAUCAAAGGACUUAUUGUCUGCGUCUUGUUCCUUCUAAAGACUAUAAACCGCUCAGUGACUCAGAUUAUAAACUGGGUGGAAUCCCUACUCGAAACAGUGACUGGGAUUAUGCUUUUGUAUUCCAAGAUUUACUCUUCCUCAGCAAAACACACACACACACACACACACACACACACACUUAUAUCCUCUUAUUUUUAUAACCUCUCAUUUCCUAUCACUGUUCUGUUUCUACUUCUGUUAUGUUAUCAACAUUAAAGAACGGAGGGAAGAAAAUGCUCCUGUUAUGACAUGUUACUGACACUAAUAAACUAUUUAUAUGAAAACAAA